AUAUACCUUAUGCUCAUGCAGUUGCUGCAAUACAUCACAAAGAUUAUAUCCAAUUCAUUUUUGGCAAGCUGCUACAACAAGGAAACCUAUCUAAGCACAUAUGCUCAUUUUAUUCAGCCAAUGAACAAUAUGAAGAUGUGGCCAACUUCUAAUAAUCCAAGAAUAGAGCCACCAGUAAUCAGACAGCUUCCUGGAAGGCCACCAAAAUCUAGAAGGAAGGAGGUCUAUGAAAGUAGAAAAACAGGACUGAUCAGCAGGAGGGGUGCUGUUAUGACUUGUAGCACUUGUCAUGCAAAGGGACACAAUAAAAGAGGAUGUCCAACAGUUCCAAGGCAAACCACAGAAACAGCAGAUCAAACAGUAGAGCAAGCACAGGUUAGAACAAACAGAGGGGCAAACAAAACGGAUAGAACAGGAAGCUGCAAGUUAUGGAAGGGUCAAUGCAAGUUCAAAUGCUAGUGGUGGUGCAACAUAUCAAAGUCAAGAAACUCAAGGAACAACUAGUGGACCUGCUGCCCAACCUUAUAAAAGGCCAAGAAUUGUGGGGUUGA